AUGKCUGAGAAAAUCAUGAAAAACCUAGCUUCAGAUAUCAAAAAUUGCCCAUUUUUUUCUGUUAUUGCUGACGAAUAUACUGAUGCUGCUAACAAGGAACAAUUAACUAUCUGCAUCAGGUGUAUAAGCGAUACUCUAGAUGUACAUGAAGACUUCGUAGGCUUCAUCCAGUUGCCUAACAUUGCUGCUGAAACAAUAUUUUCCGCGAUACUGGCACAUCUUCAAAAGUUGAAACUGUCCCUUGUUAACUGCCGCGGACAAUGUUUUGAUKGCGCAAGCAAUAUGCUUGGUAGUAAGACUGGAGUGGCACGGAGAAUUCAAAACGUACAACCCAAAGCACAUGUUACACACUGCCAUGGRCAUUCUUUAAGUCUUGGCGUCAAGGAUGCCACCAAAAACAGCAAGCUACUAUCCGGCACACUGGACACUGCAAAAGAGAUUGCCACAUUGAUUAAAUACCCACCAAAACGUGAGCACCUUCUYUGUCAGCUAAAAGAAAACAAUUCCUUAGAAAAUGAGGAACCUAUGRAUCAAGGAAUACUGUCAGUUUGUCCUACGAGAUGA